AUGGCUAUACUCGCUCGUCUGCUCUGCUUCAUCGCCGCCUGGCUCAUCGCCGCCACCGGGCUCGCGGCUGCCCUUCCGACCAGCGACGACCCAACGCCUACGCCCCCUUCCUGGCACACUUCCGCUGCUCCUGUUGGGGAGAUCAUCUACCACUGCACCACGCCUGGUACCGUGGCGUUGACGUUCGACGAUGGGCCCUACCAGCAUACCAACCAGAUCCUCGACAUUCUCGAUGCUGGCGGCGUAAAGGGCACUUUUUUCGUCAACGGCCAGAACAUGGCGAGCAUCUACGACUACCAGCCUACUGUGCAGCGGAUGAUGAACUCGGGGCACCAAGUGGCAUCGCAUACCUGGUCCCACCCGUUCCUCUCCUCUCUCAGCCGCGACCAGAUCACAGACGAGAUGCAGCACUUGGACACAGCCCUGGAGUCCAUAACCGGCAAAUCGCCAACCUACAUGCGGGCGCCGUACUUCGACUCUCCGCAACACGUGGUCCAGCAGCUCGGCGAAAUGGGCUACUACAUCAUCCAGUGCGACGUCGACACUAAGGACUACGCGCACCAGGAGGAAGACCUCAUCUGGGAGAGCGUGCGCAUGUUCAAGGAGCAGGUGGAUGCGGGCGGCAGGUUGUCGCUCGCGCAUGACAUCCAUCCGUGGACGGCAAAGGUGUUGACACAGGAGAUGGUCAACUAUGUCAACGAGAAGGGGCUUAGAGGUGUGACGGUUGGCGAGUGCCUGGGCGAUGCGCCUGGGAACUGGUAUCGGUGA